CGGGAGGAGCCGGAACGUCCCGGCGCGUGGCCAGGCGGCCCAGUUGCGCGGCGGCGGCCACGGGGGCGGGCCGCUCUCCUAGGGCAGCUGAUUGGUCGGCCUCCGGAACCGUGGCGGCGGCGCGUGGAACUGUCACCUCCGCCUGGGAAGAUGGAAGAGCUGAGUCAAGCCCUGGCUAGUAGCUUUUCUGUGUCUCAAGAUCUGAACAGCACAGCCGCCCCACAUCCCCGCCUGUCUCAGUACAAGUCCAAGUACAGUUCAUUGGAGCAAAGUGAGAGGCGCCGCCAGUUAUUGGAACUGCAGAAAUCCAAGCGGCUGGAUUAUGUGAAUCAUGCCAGAAGACUGGCUGAAGAUGACUGGUCAGGGGUGAAGCGUGAAGAAGAAGAAGAAGGGAAGAGAGAUGGUGAGGAAAUGGACAUUGACCCUGGCAAGAAGCUACCGAAACGCUACGCUAAUCAAUUGAUGCUCUCUGAGUGGUUAAUUGAUGUGCCUUCAGAUUUGGGGCAGGAAUGGAUUGUAGUCGUGUGCCCUGUUGGAAAAAGAGCCCUUGUCGUCGCCUCCAGGGGUUCUACCAGUGCCUACACCAAGAGUGGUUACUGCGCCAACAGGUUUUCUUCCCUUCUGCCAGGAGGUAACAGGCAAAACUCAGUCACAGCAAAAGACUACACCAUUCUGGACUGCAUUUACAGUGAGGUGAACCAGACCUACUAUGUUCUGGAUGUGAUGUGCUGGCGAGGACAUCCUUUUUAUGACUGCCAGACUGAUUUCCGAUUCUACUGGCUGCAUUCAAAGUUACCAGAAGAAGAAGGACUGGGAGAGAAAACCAAGCUCAAUCCUUUUAAAUUCGUGGGGCUAAAGAAUUUCCCUUGCACCCCUGAGAGUCUAUGUAAGGUGCUGUCUAUGGAUUUCCCUUUUGAGGUAGACGGACUUCUCUUCUACCACAAGCAGACCCACUAUAGCCCUGGAAGCACUCCUUUGGUGGGCUGGCUGCGCCCCUACAUGGUGUCUGAUGUCCUUGGCGUAGCUGUGCCAGCUGGCCCACUGACCACAAAGCCAGAAUAUGCUGGGCACCAGCUCCAGCAGAUUAUUGAGCACAAGAAGAAUCAGAAGGAGGGCACAAAGGAGAAACGCACACACAAGGCCUCCGAGGGUGGACACUAUGAGUUGGAGUACCUGUCUACACCCAAGCUGCAGGACUGUCCCCGUAGCCCAGACCACCCCGGGAGCCUCAUGGAGCACUAAAGAGGGAAGUCUUUUCAAGAGUCAUGGACCGGUGCCUUGUCCCAGAAGGAAGGCUGGGGAGGAAGACGGUGACAACAGGUGACUUCAUUUCAGACUGGGCUUCCCAGAGCCACUCCAAGUGGAAGUAGCUAAUCUCCUAACCACAUUGCCAGCUCAAAUCGUUUGGGAGGUUCCCAGAUUGAGUGGUUUUAGGAUUUGAGCAGUAACUCCCAUGGAAAGUGUAUCCCAUAUCCAAAUUGUGGAUCAAUAUAUGUGAUUCUUAAGAAA